AUGCAAUUUGAUGCCCUUCGGCAAGCCAAUGAAGCUAGCACUGAAGAGAUAAUUGCAUUAAAGCAGGCCAACAGGGCUAAUAUAACGCAAAUCAAUGCUCUGCAUCAGGAGAAUGAAGAACUCCAAAUUAUUGUUCAACAAACUAAUCCGCCAGUCGCCCCUCAACCAGAGAGUCAAAACGACCCAAUGGAUCCGCCUGUCGCCCUUCUACCAAAGCUUCAGAAAGACCCAAUGUAUCCACCGGUUGCCCCUCAACCAGAGCGUCAGAACGAUCCAAUGGAUUCGCCGAUUGCCCCUCAACCAGAGCAUCAGAACGAUCCAAUGGAUCCACCGGUCGCCCCUCAACCAGAGUGUCAGAACGACCUAAUGGAUCCAUCAGUCGCCCCUCAACCAGAGCGUCAGAACGACCCAAUGGAUCCACCGGUCGCCCCUUAA